CUGUGGAUUUUCCUUUUCUUUUUGUUUUUUUAUGGAAGACCCCUCCAGCGUUUGGCGAGGAACGGGUUAAAGAGUUUGCAUGGUCCUGAUUGAUGCUUCCUCUUCCACACGGCGCCAUGAACAAAUGAAUUCGCGAGGAAUUAAAUAUCACUUUCACAAAGGAGAAAAAGUUCUGUGUUUUGAACCCGAUCCUACCAAGGCUAAAGUGUUGUAUGACGCUAAGGUCAUUGAUGUCUUGAUAGGUACAGACGAACAUGGAAAGAGGGUCCCAAAGUACCUGAUUCACUUUAAUGGUUGGAACAGGAGUUGGGAUCGCUGGGCUGCAGAGGAUCAUGUCCUAAGGGACACCGAGGAAAACCGUAAAUUGCAACGUAAGCUGGCGCACAAAGCUUUAAGUCGCAUGAAGAGAAAGGGAUGGGUGAAGAGACGCCGUCGUCAGUCUGGUUCUAAAUCUUCCCUGAAGACAAUCCCAAAGGAAGACGACAGCGAUGACGCCUGUCUGAUUUCAUCUUCAGACAGCAGUGACGGGGACGAUUCUGACGCUGAAUCUUCAAACAGUGGGGACAGCACCUUCUCAGAGGACCUCAACAAAAUGAGAGUUGAGCCAGAGAUUAAUGUGAAGCAGGAAUGUGAGGAAAAGAUUGUUCAUGUUGAUAUCAUCAUCCCGGAUGUCCUGAAGAAGAGGUUGGAGGAUGACUGCUUUUACAUCAACAAGAGGAAGAAGCUGGUGAUGGUUCCCUGUCAGACAAAUGUGGUGCACAUCCUGGAGUCCUACGUGAAGCACUUUGCCAUAAACAAAGCAUUCAUGGCCAACGAGAGGUACCGGCGUCAGCAGAUUGCCACGCAAAGCGGCAGCCCACAACAAGUCCCUCCGGAGAAGAAUGAGGAGCUGUGUAAAGAGAUGGUCGAUGGCCUGAGGAUCACAUUUGACUUCACCUUACCCAUGAUCCUGCUCUACCCCUCUGAACAGGCUCAGUUCAAAAAGGUCAGCUCCUCCAGGCUCUUCUUCGCCAUCAAUGAAGCGUCUCCCUGGUCCAACAACAUCCAGCGAGAACGCAGCCCAAGUCCACUGGGCCAGAACCCCCCCACGCCACAGUCGACAGACAGCCAACCGGCACUGAGCGACAUCUCCUGUACCACACCGACCACCUCGGCCCCAACCCCGAAGCGUCGACGCCACCCCGACAUGGACUGUAUCUCCUUCCAGUCCCAGUCACAGUCACUUCGCCGCUCCACCAGGAACUCCUCAGGGGGAGACCGCUUAGCUGAAGGAAGCAGCGGGGGUGGUGGCAGCGCUACGGCGUCCCCUCAGCUCAAACGGCGCGCAGUGGACAGCUCGGCUCAGCCAAAGUUCUUCCUCAACCUGGAGAGGAAAACCCCAGUGCACAGUGGCUCUUCUUCUCCGUUACCCUACCCGAGCAAAGAGAGAAGUGGACCUUUCUACGGCUUGGAGAGUCGUCGAAACAACGAGCUGAAUGAGGUCCUGAGCUGGAAACUGACUCCUGAUAACUACCCUCUUAAAGACCAGCCUCCCCCGCCUUCCUACCUCUACGGAUCACAGCACCUCCUGCGGCUUUUUGUGAAGCUUCCUGAAAUUCUGGGAAAGAUGCAGCUCCCCGAGAGGAAUCUCCGAGCUCUCGUCAAACAUUUGGAACUCUUUCUCAGGUUUCUGGCAGAGUUCCACGAGGAUUUUUUUCCCGAGUCUGCAUAUGUGUCGGCGUCAGAGGCUCACUACAGCAUGAAACAACCGAGGCCCAUCUACUGAAGCAAACCGCCACUCCCGCCUGACCGUCAUUGUCUGGAUCCGAUGGUGUUGUUUGCAAAAGCAUAAAAAAAAAAAGCUUUCACGUAUUUAGCCAGCUUUCCCAAAUCUUUCUUUUCUACUUCUUCUCUGAUCUGAAGCUGUGUUCACAUUAUUGCGGCAAAACCAAUUCUUCACAAAUCUCGUUUUUGGAUUAUGCACGUGUUGCCGUUUCAUUCAGAUAUUGGUUAAAUAAAAUUGUGAUACAGAUACCUUUUGAUAAAUAAAGAUUCCUAACAUUUUGUUGUCAAACAGUAAAGACAUAAAUGUAAUUGAGGCUUCAUAUUUUACAUCUUAAAGAUUAACCUUGUUUUAAAUACUGUGAAUUGAACAAGCGUACAUGACACUGCUGUCAGUCGGAUUGGCAGUCGCCAUGUUGCAUCACUGAGCAUUUGCAUAAAAAUAAUUCUCCCUGUAGAGGCAUUCCAUGCACGUCCAGCUGGGAGGAGACCCAGGACUAGGUGGAGAGAUUAUAUCUCCACACUGCCCUGGGAACACCUCGGGAUCCCCCAGUCAGAGGUGGUUAAUGUGGCCCGGGAAAGGGAAGUUUGGGGUCCCCUGCUGGAGCGGUUGCCUCCGCGACCUGAUCCGAGCCAGAAUUCUCAUCGAGUGACCACUUAUUUGUUGUCGCUGUUAAACAUCCACUCUGACUGAAAAUGAAUGGCCUGUGGUCACUUUGUCUCUCUUGCUCUCUUAGAUAAUGUGACCAAAUGGUGAUGGGGAUCCCAGCCAUGCUUGACAGCAUUGUAAGCAGUGUCGUCGGAGUGCCUUCUGCUCGACAGGCUACAUAAUGACACCAUUUCUAACUGCUAGUGUUUUUCUACAUUGUUUAUUUGGGAAAAUAAGUUUUCCUAUAUGGGGGGGAAAAAAAAUCAUGCAGCUACCGAUAUGUUAAUGGGAAGCUCAUAUCGGCUGGUAUUAUUGGCAAACUGAUACAGCGGUUGGGCUCCAGUUACACAGUUGUCCAGUAUGUUAGAAAAUGGUUUGAAGUCUGACAAACACAGCGAAUGUAGUCAAGAGAAUAACAUGACUGCAAAUCAGAAGAAUGUUACAGUUCUUGGGGUGGUGGGGUGAGGGGGUGUAGCUGUGCGUGGCGUAAUGAUAUGAACACACCUUAACGUUACCUUUGCUCUUGUUGGCGUUUCCCAUGAAACGAACCCUCUCUGCUUUGCUUCAAUGUAAAUGCUUCUGUGCAGAAAUACGAUGCCAUUCUUACGGUCGUAUUUGAGGCUACACGUGACACCACUCAAGACUUGAGGCUGCUUCCUGAUGUGCAUUCUGAAUUGGACACACCUUCUCUCAGCUGUUUCUUUGUAUCAAAUAAGCGGCUGAGCAGCAACAGCUGCUCCACACAAACGUUUUCCCUUCAUCGCUUCUGACUUGCUCUUUACAGCCUCAGAUUUUGAACUUUCAGAGUCUGAUAUAGCAGUGGAAUGUUGAUUGAAAAUAUGUUUACUUUUAUCUGCCAAUCCAUAUUUUUUUUUGUUUUU